AUGGAUACCUACGGGGUCGGCUGUGUUGCCCUGGGGGAGGCCGGCCCCGUGGGGAACAUGACUGUGGUGGACCCUCCUGGACAAGAAGUGCUAAACCAGCAUGAUGUCAAGGCCUCUUCAGGAAUGACCAGUACAGAGGCUUCCAUAGAGAUGUCUUUACCUUCCUCUUUGGCUGGAUAUGAGGAUUCUUCUGAUAAGAGGCGACUCCCUCUAGAGCCAGAAAGCCUCUCCAGACUAGAACAGCAAGAUCUUUCUUCAGAGAUGUCAAUGGUCUCAAUGCCUAGGGCCACAAAGCCUGGCCGGAAGAGAGGUGGUAGGACACGAAAAGGCCCCAAAAGGCCCCAACAGCCUAUUCCUCCAUCAGCCCCUUUAGUUCCUGGUCUCUUAGAUCAGUCCAACCCUCUGUCCACCCCCAUGCCCAAGAAACGAGGACGAAAGUCCAAGGCAGAGCUGCUGCUGCUGAAGUUGUCAAAAGGCCUAGAUCAACCAGCAUCUCCACCUCCAAAGAGGCCUUCUGAGGACUUUGAGACCCCUCCUGGGGAACGACCCCGACGAAGGGCUGCCCAAGUGGCGCUACUGUAUCUUCAGGAACUGGCUGAAGAGCUCUCCACAGCAAUGCCUGCUCCAGUGUCCUGCCCUGACAACCCCAAUUUGAGCAACCCCCCCGUACUGAAGAAAAGCCCCUCAGAGGACAACCCUGAGGGUGAGGGAGAUGAUGAUACUACAAGAGAUGAAGACUUUGUCUUCAAGGUUGAGCCUGAAGAUGAGGAAGAAAAUGAGAUCCCAAGUGAGAACUCGCCUGACUCAGAGCCUGCAGCACCCCGAAGCACUCCCCGAGGAUCUGCUUCAGGGAAGCAGAAGCCACACUGCCGGGGAAUGGCUCCCAAUGGCUUACCAAAUCACAUCAUGGCUCCCGUGUGGAAGUGCUUUCAUCUCACCAAGGACCUUCGAGAACAGAAGCAUUCCUACUGGGAGUUUGCGGAAUGGAUUCCUUUGGCCUGGAAGUGGCACUUGUUAUCUGAAAUUGAGGCAGCUCCUUACCUCCCCCAGGAGGAGAAGUCUCCGCUUUUUUCUGUACAACGUGAAGGGCUUCCUGAAGAUGGCACACUCUUCCGUAUAAAUAGAUUUAGCUCGAUCACAGCACACCCAGAGCGCCGCGACAUGUCCUUCUUCACGGGGGGACCACUCUGGGCUAUGGAGUGGUGCCCAGUGCCAGAGGGGGCAACAACCUCACAGUACGUGGCACUCUUCUCCAGUCCGGACAUGAAUGAGACACAUUCACUGAGCCAGCUUUAUUCGGGCCCUGGGCUGCUCCAGCUCUGGGGCCUUGGGACCUUGCAGCAAGAAAACUGUCCUGACAGCAGGGCCCACUUUGUCUAUGGGAUUGCUUGUGACAACGGCUGCAUCUGGGAUCUCAAGUUCUGUCCCAGUGGAGCAUGGGAACUUCCAAGCACUCCUCGGAAGGCCCCUCUCCUGCCCCGACUGGGUCUCUUGGCUCUUGCCUGCUCAGAUGGAAAGGUGCUGCUGUUCAGUCUGCCUCAUCCUGAGGCCCUGCUGGCUCAACAGCCACCAGAUGCGAUGAAGUCAGCCAUCUAUAAGGUAGAAUGUGUGGCAACCCUUCAGGUGGGGUCUAUGCAAGCCUCAGACCCCUCUGAGUGUGGCCAGUGCCUUAGCCUGGCCUGGAUGCCCACCCGGCCCCACCACCACCUGGCUGCUGGAUACUAUAAUGGUAUGGUGGUUUUCUGGAACCUUCCUACUAAUUCACCCCUGCAGCAAAUAAGACUCUCUGAUGGCUCCUUGAAGCUCUAUCCUUUCCAGAGUUUCCUUGCCCAUGACCAGGCUGUGCGUAACCUUCAGUGGUGCAAAGCUAACAGUCAUUUUCUUGUCUCUGCUGGGAAUGACCGGAAAAUCAAAUUCUGGGACCUUCGACGACCUUAUGAACCAAUAAACUCUAUCAAGCGCUUCCUGAGUACAGAGUUGGCCUGGCUGCUCCCUUACAAUGGUGUCACUGUGGCUCAGGACAACUGCUAUGCCUCUUAUGGACUCUGUGGAAUUCAUUAUCUUGAUGCUGGUUACCUUGGUUUCAAAGCCUACUUUACUGCUCCUCGAAAAGGCACUGUCUGGAGUCUUUCCGGAUCAGACUGGCUUGGGACGGUAGCUGCAGGAGAUAUAUCUGGGGAGCUCAUUGCAGCUGUAUUGCCUGAUUUGGCCCUGAACCCAAUAAAUGUUAAACGACCUGUAGAGCGAAGAUUUCCUAUAUAUAAAGCAGAUCUGAUCCCGUACCAGGACAGCCCUCAAGUUCAAGACCAUUAUUCUGCCUCUUCUGGUGCCCCUAAUCCUCCUACAGCUCGAACUUAUGCUGAAACCGUCAGCCAUCACUAUUUGCUGUUUCAAGACACAGAUUUGAGUUCCUUUCACAAUCUGCUCCGUAGAGAACCAAUGCUGCGCAUGCAGGAGAGAGAGGGGCGUUCUCAGCUCUGUCUGGACAGGCUGCAGCUGGAGGCUAUCCAUAAAGUACGUUUCAGCCCAAACCUGGACUCCUAUGGAUGGCUCAUAUCUGGGGGACAGUCCGGGCUGGUUCGAAUCCAUUUUGUCCGUGGACUCACUUCCCCACUGGGUCAUCGUAUGCAGCUGGAAAGCCAAGCCCAGUUCAAUGCUAUGUUUUAACUAUUCUACCCCACUGAAGGGUUUAACUUCCCUCCAAGCAGCCAUUGCCUUCUGCCCAGUCUUUAG